AUGUAUCUGACACAAAAUGAUGACGUUGUCAGUUCCAUGAUGGACAUCGGAGAUGCUGCGGAUGUAGAAGUCCACGAAAAUAACAUCUCUAUAGCACAUAAGGUACCGUCGUUCCACAAAGACCACACUCCGUCGUUCGGCAGCCGGUCAACCACAAGGUCACCAAGGCUGCCGGACUUCACCGGCCACCUGGUCAUUGGGGAAGCUGCGCCUCAACCCCUCGCCCAUCACAUCCCUCCGCGAUGGCUACCCAACGGAGAACGCGUACAUCUGAACCCCUAUUGGACAUCGGGCAACCCUACCACAUCACCCUUGGACUACGGACCACGGCCUCCACGCCCCUGUAACUCUUGGUACCAUGGUGGCUGUGUUAGUAUAAGUGACAGAUGCUUAAAAAAACUGACAAAGGAAGAAACAAAUACAUGGACCUGCAAAAUCUGCAACAACACUGCCAAAACCACCACAAUCGGAGAUACAGACAAGAAGGAAUUACCAGAAGAAGAACGCUACCAAGGCAGUGGCGAAGCACAAAUCCAGUGCUUUAAACUACCAAAAAAACAGAGCACCCCCAAAAGCUCAAUGCACGAUAAGUCUAGUCCCAUUCUUAAUGACCUACAAUCACAACGUUAUACAGGUGAAGACAGCCAAAACCAGUCACUGGAUGAGCUCACGCAACGCCUACUGGAAAAUGAUCCAUCCGAAAGAGACGACAGUUUAGCACUUGCUGCUAAGAUAGGUGCAGCAUUACUAGAAGAAAAUCAGGCCCUAAAAACUGAAAACUCUAAACUGAUCACCAGAAUGAAAAGUCUAGAAGCUCAGGCAGAGGAACACGAGCAAAGUGAGGCCAAACCUCCAGACAGCAAUCUGGAGACAUCCAUGGACCUGCUGUCAUCUGAACUUGAUAAAACCAUCUCUGCCAACGACCUGAUUCUGGUAAUGGGAGACAUCAAUAUAGAUAACUUGAUUCAAGACAACAAGAAAAUCAAAUUUGAGGAGAUGCUCUAUAGCCAUGGACUGGCCAGACUUCCCCUUCCUCCAACAAGAAUAACCAGCCAUAGCCAAACCUCGAUAGACUGCAUCUGUACAAACACUAGAGAAUCUGUAGUGUCCACUGAAGUUCUCAAAACUGGCCUAUCAGACCAUACUGCCCAGAUAUGCACAAUCUCAACAGAAAUGGAAAGGUACUUAACAACUCAGUCCAAAAGAAGACACUUCAGUGAAAAAGCAAUAGAAGAACUGAGACGUAGCCUACAGGAACAAGACUGGUCACACAUCAUACAGGCGGAGAGUGUUGAAACUGCUUACAAUGCAUUUAAUGGAAUCAUUCACUCAACAAUAAACGCAACAUGCCCUCUGAAGACAGUCAAACACAAAAGAAACCCCACCAAAAAUAUAUGGGAUGCCGAAAGCCAGACUCUAAAAAGGUCCUACUUAGAGGCACUCAACAGAGAACUCACCACUGGACACCCCGAUGACAAAAGAGAAACAGCUCAAAGAAAAAAAGCCUAUGAUACAAAACUAAAAACCCUUUGGAAACAGCAAAACGCAGAUUUUGUAGAAAGGUCAGAAAACAAGUCAAAGGCCAUGUGGAGGGUAAUAAAUAAUGAAAAAAAAGAAAAAUCAACCAAGAGUCAACUGGAAGAACUGAAAAUAGGAGAAGAACUCAUACACUCGCCAACAAACAUUGCCAAUCAUCUAAACAACUUCUUCGUUACAAUAGCCGACAAAACUCUCUCCCAAAACCUAAAUGGAAAACCUCCAACACCCAUAACUGGACCAAACAGACAACCUCAGAUACCACUACUAACUUUCGCAGGAACAAACGAACAAGAAAUUGGAAAAAUUAUUGACACUCUAAAAUCUAAAACUUCUGCCGGAGAGGACGAGAUGUCAUCAAAAAUAAUCAAAAAAUGCAAAAAAGAAAUUAUCACACCACUCACAGAUAUAAUAAACAAAUCACUUACCCAAGGAACAUUCCCUAGCCAACUAAAACUAGCAAAAGUCUACCCGAAGUACAAAGGGGGCCCAACAAAUGAACCAAGCAGCUAUCGGCCCAUAUCCCUCAUUUCAACAUUCUCAAAAAUUUUAGAGCGGAAAAUUAAGUCCGAACAGCUUCUGGUGAAUAGAGGAGUGCCUCAGGGCUCAGUUCUCGGCCCCGUCUUAUAUAUAUUACUAACCAACGACUUCCCAAGUUAUCUUGAGAACUACUGUGAAAUGGUUAUGUACGCUGAUGAUACAGCCUUGAUUGUAGCAAGCAAGAACAAAGACCAGCUAGAUGUUGACUCGUACGUCACUUUUAAUAUGGCGAAACAAUAUUGCCUCUAUAAUGACUUGGUUCUAAAUGCCUCCAAAACACAACAGAUAAUCAACACGCCCAGGCAAAACUACCAUGAAGGCCUUCCAGAAGUAAACACAAUAGACUCAGGAAAAUAUCUCGGCAUAAUCAUAGACCAAAAUCUAUCCUGGGAACCCCAUGUGAAUAAACUCUGCAAUAAACUAAGUAGUAGCCUCUAUGUAGUAAGAAGAAUAAAACAAAUUACCAACCCUCAAGUAGCCAUGACAGCGUACUACUCGCUAUUUGAGUCUCACAUGAGAUAUGGUCUGAUAGCCUGGGGAGGGACAACAGCCACAAACCUCCACAGAGUGCUUGUCAUCCAGAAAAGAGCAGUCAGAACUUUGAAAGGCCUUGAACCACUGGACACAUGCCGAGCAGCCUUCAAGGAACUGGGAAUCCUGACCCUCAUAGGACUCUACAUUCAGGAAACAAUCCUAUACGCAAUCAAGACAGGCCAAACAAGAACAGGAGACAGACACCCCUAUCACACCAGACACGGAAGAAACUUCCUACUUGACCAGCACCACCUGAGCCUGACUGAGAAAAAACCAUCCUACAGAGGAGCUUUAUUCUUCAACACACUGCCCGACAGCUUAAGAAGGCUUCCAGAAAAGGAACUCAUCCCCCCACUAAAAACCUGGUUUCUGCAACGUCCAUUCUACACUAUACAAGAAUUUCUGCAGUGGAGGACUGGAACCCAUAGCUAA